GCGACUUCGCCGAAAACUAUGCAUUCAUCAUUCAGGAUGCGGCCCCAGGAUUUCAUUGGAACAAUAAUCAGGCGACUGUCUAUCCUGUAGUUUUAUAUUACAAAUCCAAUGGAAUCCUGAGCCACAAAAGUCUUACAAUCAUCUCAGAUUGUUUGCAUCACGACGCCAUCACGGUUUGGGCGUUUUCGCGAUUUGUGAACAAAUUUAUGAAGUCUCUCGUACCACACGUCUCGAAAAUAAUUUAUUUUUCUGACGGAGCACCGCAGCAAUUUAAAAAUUUUAAAAAUUUCUCGAACAUUUACCACCACGAGGUCGACUUUGGUGUUCGCGCUGAAUGGCACUUCUUUGCCACUGCUCAUGGCAAAGGGCCAUGUGAUGGAAUCGGUGGGACGCUGAAACGCUUAGCUGCGCGAGCAAGUCUUCAACGUCCUACCGACCAACAAAUUUUAGACCCGAUGGAUUUAUUCAAUUGGGCUAAUGAACCGGGCACACUGCCAUCCAUCACUGUCAAGUAUUGGGACAAAAAAAAUUAUAAAAUUGCCGCCGAAUUUUUGACAGAUCGGUACGAUAAAACAAAAAGAAUACCUCAGACUCAACGUGUCCACUGCGUCAUACCAAGUCAUACAAAAAAUUAUGAAUUAAUUGUUAAAGAUUACUCAUUUUCAAAUGAUUAUACUGAGCACAAAAUAAUAAAAUUAUAAAUAAUAUGUUCUUAAACAAAUGUACUUAUUGAAUUAAACUUCCUCAUAAAUCUAUUUUUUUCGCCUUUCCCACACUAUUCAUCGCAAUUGUCGUGUGCUAUGCCGAGAUCUUCAUCAUGCUUUAGUAAAAAAGUAUAUCUAAAUCGAUUCAGAAUUGUCUGAAACGC